GCUUGCUAGUUAAGCCUCGUAUUCAUAGGAAAUGUGACCUCAUCUUGGCUCUGGUGCGUGAUCUGGCUUUAGUUAGCUGCCAUGCGAGGGCCUUACUGUUUUGGUCAGCAGAUAUUAGUCUUGUCGAAUCAAGUGUGGCAUGCUUUAUUUGCCCAACAACCCCGCGUAAAAAGACCGAAUCUCCCUUGGAUCUGGUACUCGUAAGCAGAGGUACACCCUAGGCGUACAACGAGCCCAACUGAGCCAGACAGACCUCUUUGCAGGCAUCGAGGAUGAACUUCAUUUUUGUGCAACGACGGCGGAAGAGAAGACAGGCUUGUCACACAGCUGCCAUGAGCCCAACAUCAUCGCCUGUCUCACCACUAGAAGCCCAAGCCCUCUACCGGCUUGAAACCGUCGCCUUACCCUCUUCACGACCGGGAGGGGCACAAGACCAAGACCACGACCACCAUCAAAAGCACACAUCGACCUCUUCAGCAGAUACAGACUGCUCGGUUCCCACAACAAACACAGACGAUUCCUUGAAACUCGAGGAUGCGUUUAGCCCUCUCGGACCAACCAUGACAUGGUUCGAUCAAACGCCCAGCCACUGGAGUGACGCAGCCACUGCGAGUACUGUUCUUUCCCUCCUCCACAAGGAGCCUCUGCGGUCACCACCACCCAGUCUCCCCGAGAGUGACACCAACACCAAAUACCAGCCGCAUCAUACAUGCUCGAUCUGCUUUGAGAGCCGCGCUGAAGCAUGUUACCCACGGUCACCCAUCGCGAGUGGCUGUGAUCACACCUCCAUCCCAGACAUAUACGUAUGCACCAGUUGUCUCCGUCGGAGUCUAGACCUGCAGCUCUCCUCAACAAGCGACGGCCUUUUAGCAUGCCCUCUUUGCCACGCACAGCUCUCUGACAACGAGGUACAACGGUGGGCGAGCACGAAAACAUUUCAGGAAUAUUCUCGCUUGCGGACGUGGCAGAUUUUGGAGGAAGAUGCCGAAUUCGUCACCUGUAUCCGACGGGAUUGUGGAUAUGGGCAGUUCCACGCGGGUGGUCUGGAGGACCCCAUUGUAGUAUGUGGGUCUUGUGGCACUCGGACAUGUUAUAUCCAUCGGGGAACGGCGUGGCAUGAGGGUCUGUCAUGUGCGGAGUAUGAGGAGCUUGGAAAAUCCCCGGUUGAUGACUAUGAUACCAGAAAUUUUUAUUGGACGGCAGGUCCUUGAUGUGACUUUGAUCAGUUUAAAGUCAAGAGAUAGAAGCGAUAUCCAUCUGUAUAUAUUUGUGUGGAGCUAUAUCUCAUGAAAUUAGCGUAUAGGACUUUGAAAUGCUUGUAUGCUGUUGAACAGCUUCUCUGGGGUAAGAUGUAUAUCUAACCAGGCAAAAGUUAUCUUCAUGACAACCAAUUCAUAAUAAAUAAUUGAGAUGGCUGCCUGCAAUAUGGACUGGCAAUUAAGCAGUUUUCACGACCAUUUCAAUAAUUUCUAUACCAAGAACAUCAAACUUUUAAACGCCCGGAAUAACAACUCCCGAGUCCAUAAUCGAAACCCCGGUUUCUUGUCCACGUCUUGACGAUUAGCAUCACUCGU